CCCGCGGCCGGGGCGGCCGUCGGUGCCGGCGCCGCGGCGCGAGGAGCCAUGGCCGGCGCCGAGCGGAAGAAGCACGUUCGGUUCGCCGGCCCGGGGGAGGCGGGCGCUGACGCGGGGCCUGGGCCGGCGGCGGCGCCGCCGCCGCCGCGCCUCCCCGGCGCGUCGCGCGCGGAGGUGGCCGUGGUGGGCGGCAGCUGGCGCAGCGGUCGCGGCGGGGACGGAGCAGCGCUGCGGUGGUGCAUCUCCGGGGCGCUGUGCGCCGCCUUCCUGGGGCUGGGUAUGAGUAUUGCCGUCCUAGGACCUACCUUUCAAAAUUUGGCUGACAACGUGAAUAAAAAUGUCAGUGAUAUUUACUAUAUUUUUGUGGGUCGCUCGCUGGGCUACCUUGGCGGGUCAGUGCUCGGAGGGGUUCUCUUUGACUGCAUGAACGCGCAUCUUCUCUUAGCAUUGUCCAUGUUUGGAACAACGAUAGGUCUUUAUGGCAUACCUUGGUGUAAGAAAUCUCUGUUGUUAACUGUCCUGAUGUCAGUUAUUGGAGGUUCCAUGGGAAUCCUAGACACCGGUGGCAAUAUACUUGCACUGAAUACAUGGGGAACAGAAGCUGGACCGCAUAUGCAGGCCUUACACUUCAGUUUUGCAGUAGGUGCGUUUGUGGCUCCAAUUCUGGCUAAAAUGGCAUUAGGAGGCUCCAUAUCUGAAGCCCUUGCAGUAGAUGAAAAGACAAACCAGUCUGUCUUGAAGUCUGUGCCAACAGCAUCAACUACAUCAGCACUGAAACAGCAUCUCGGUGAGGAUUUUUUGUGGUCCUAUGUUGUUAUAGGGACGUGUAUUCUGUUUGUUUCUUUCUUCUUUUUUAUUUUGUAUUCAAGGAGCAGCUCAGCUCGAGACAAAUCAAAGGCUUCUUUGCAGAAACGUGUAACUGCCAAAUACCACUAUGCCCUUAUUUUUCUCCUUUUCAUAUUCUUCUUCUGCUAUGUGGGUGCAGAAGUCACUUACGGCUCUUACAUAUUUACUUAUGCAAAGGUCUUUGCUGAGAUGAAGGAAAAUGAAGCGGCUGCUUUGAAUUCGGUCUUCUGGGGCGCAUUUGCUGCUUGCAGAGGAGUGGCAGUAUGUUGUGCUGCUUGCUUAUACCCUGGUACUCUGAUCGUGUUGAGUAUCGUGGGCUCUGCCGUCUCCUCUUCAUGCUUGGCAUUCUUUGCAAAACACCCAGUUUCGCUCUGGGCUGGAACUGCUGUAUAUGGAGCUUCAAUGGCUGCCAUCUUUCCCAGUGGCAUUUCCUGGAUAGAACAGUACACUGUUAUACAGGGAAAAUCUGCUUCUUUAUUUGUGGUCGGUGCUGCUCUGGGUGAGAUGUGUAUUCCUGCGGUGGUUGGGUAUCUUCAAGGAAAGUUUCACCAUAUUCCUGUCAUCAUGUAUACUGCACUGGGAACUUCUGCAAUGACAGUUAUACUGUUCCCUGUGAUGUACAAAUUAGCCAACUCUCCUGGUGAGAGCGAUUUGAAAGAAAUGAGUGAGAGUGAAGACCGGAAAGCUUUGUUGUCAAACUCUGGACUUAAUGAAGAUGAAGAGGAUGAGGAGGAUGCAGGUGAAUGGAAUGAAGCAGACUUUGAGGUAAUAGAAAUGAAUGAUACACUGAGAAACUCUGUGAUAGAGACUUCCCGUAAGAUACCAGGGGACUCUCCAGCGAAAGUCUCUUUCCAACCACAUUCAGAUGAUGUAUUGGCAGGUUCUUCAGUGGUGGCUGGUAGCUCCCCUGGGAUAAAAAAUGUGAAUGUUGACCGUGAGAAGAAUGACUGAAGGUUUUUUGUGUUUUUUUUUUUUUUAAGUGACUUUUUCUAGAAAGGGAAAUGCACUUGAAUUGUAACUGUCCUCGUAAAGUGAUUCAAGAUUCUUUUUACAGUGGCGCAGAAUUAUGUGUUUCCACUUCUAUUUGUCCAGUCCUUUCUUCUCUUUCAUUUUCAGUCUGCAGCUAUGUGUCUUGGAGUGGGCAAGUCCAUGGUGAUGUAGUUUGGGUAAUGUGAUAAAAUUUAUAGAUGAUACUGAAAAUGUUAAAAUGUGAGAGAUGUUUUCUAAAUAUGAGGCAUGCAUUUAAGUAAGUAAAUGAUGCUGUACUGUGAACUAAUUUGGAAGACAGGACUGUUCAGACCACUUGCUUUUUUGGGUGUGGAUGAAGAAGGGUGCAAUUCUGAGGUGCUUGCUCACAAAACUUUCUCAUCAGAAAUGAGAAAAAUCUAUUAUUUGUGAUUUUGAAAUUUCUUAUCUCACGAAAGAAGAAUGUUCCUGCUGCACUGAAAAUGUGUGUGUGACAUACAUAAACCAGCAAAUCAAGUUAAAUGUCAGGUGAUGUCCAGUGGCUGUAAAUUGGAUAUCCUGUUGGCAAAAUGUAGAAUUUUUGGUUCUAUUACCAAGACAAAAAGUAUCAAGGAUUAAUUUUUAGGAGUGGAACCCUGUUUCUGGGUCAUUUAAAAGCAGUGUAUGGGAAGGGGGACAAAACUGGUCAUAUUAAUCUGCAAUAAUGCUUAACUCUGAUUUACUAGUUAAUCAGUGAUAACAAAUCUAAGUACUCUAAAGU